UUUCGUUGAUUAAGUGCAGCUCAGAGACUUCAAGUUUAGUGCGAAAAAUUUUGAAAAUGGUGAAGGUAUUCGCAAUCAUUGCCGCUCUGGCCACUACGGCUGCCGCAUAUGUUACCGGAAACGGAUACAAUAUCGUGACUAAACAUGCAACGCAGUACUACGGAAGUGGAUUAGGAUCCGGGGAAAACUUAGGAAAUUCUGGAUAUGGUGCAUCCGGUUAUGGAGCUCAAGGAAACUUGAUCUACACAACUCCCGGAAAUCUAGGAUACAUGAACAAGGGAUCCAAAUACGAUAAUUACGAUCAAUACGAUCACAAAGACUAUUACGCGUAUCCCAAGUACAAGUUCAACUACGGUGUUCAAGACUCGCACACUGGAGAUCACAAAAGUCAAUGGGAGAUCCGUGAUGGGGAUGUAGUGAAGGGCGGUUACUCUUUCUACGAACCCGAUGGCACCAAGCGUGUAGUGGAAUACACCUCGGACAAGCACACCGGUUUUAAUGCAGUCGUCAAAAAGAUUGGUCAUGCUCAUCACCCGCAAGUUUACGGAACGGAAAACGGUAUCUCUGGAAGUGGCUACGAUGGACACCAUGAUGAAAGUUAUAGCUACAAUAACGUCCACUGAAACAAACUGUGCUUGAGGAGUAAAUUAUAGGACAAUUUUAUUUAUUACUCUGAAUUUAACCUGAGAUUAGCCCAACUAUAAUACUAAAACGUGAAAUGUGAUGAACGAAAUUGUAUGAAAGAUUGUACAGUGUAUAAGUAACGCCUGAAUGUAGAUACUGCUCGAAAAAUAAAAGAAACUUGUCUAAUAAUCCACAACUGUUCGA